GCAGUCGGGGGGCUGAGCGCGCCGGUGCUCGCCGCCGAGGACCCGCCGGGGCUGCGGGGCCGGGCUUCCCUCCGUCCGCACGGCUUCCCGCUGCGCACCCGGCCCCGCGUUCAGGGUGCUCCCGCCUGCAUGGCGAGGGGUUCCUGAGCCGCCCGCGCCCGGAGCAGGGAGCGCGCGCACGCACGCCCCGGGCCGCACUCCCGCCCUCCGCGAGCUCGCAGCCCCGGACGCGGGCUCCUGUGCCCUGAGCGGCGGCGGCCGGGCGUCUCGGGAGCGAUGCCAGGGCGGUGAGGCAGGCGCCGGCCCGCGGGAGCUGCAGGAGCGUCGCUAGGUGUUGCCGCCACCGGGAAGCCGGGCUGCAGGAUGAGUAAGAGAUACUUACAGAAAGCAACAAAAGGAAAGCUGCUAAUAAUAAUAUUUAUUGUAACCUUGUGGGGGAAAGUUGUAUCCAGUGCAAACCACCAUAAAGCUCAUCAUGUCAAAACGGGCACUUGCGAGGUGGUGGCACUCCACAGAUGCUGUAAUAAGAACAAGAUAGAAGAGCGGUCACAGACGGUCAAGUGCUCCUGCUUCCCGGGGCAGGUGGCAGGCACCACACGAGCUGCUCCAUCUUGUGUGGAUGCUUCAAUAGUGGAACAGAAAUGGUGGUGCCAUAUGCAGCCAUGUCUUGAGGGAGAGGAGUGUAAAGUUCUCCCAGACCGGAAAGGAUGGAGCUGUUCCUCUGGAAAUAAAGUGAAAACAACCAGGGUAACCCAUUAACAAAGGAUAAACCAAGUGAUCCUCACACCUGGUUACAUCGAACAUAUGCACAGAAACUUAAUUCCUGAGGUGAUCUUGAAGGGAGAUUUUUAUACCGCUCACAAGAGGCACUGCAGAGUCUUACUUCCAAAGGAUUUCAUGGCUCAUAAUUGGCCUCUUCUUGAAACCAAGACUUUUAAAAAGUCAGACAUGAACUUCUAUGUCAUGAAGAUUUUGUCAGAUUUGAACUGCGUUCAACUUGUAAAAUUGCACUUGCUAAGAGAAUUUGGAGUUGCCAUCUGAAGAGUUGGUGUUUCCCGGUGAUGUCAGAGACACUCACCUUUUGGGCUCUUGGCUUCAAAUGUGACUGCUUUUCUUGUUUCUGAAAGUCUGCCAAGUGCACUGGCCUCCUGCCAUGGAUAUGUUCCUGGGUCCAGUCCUGUGUUCAUUGGCUGGUGGGACUGCACCUGGCUUUAUUGACAUUUCCUUUGCGAACUUCUCCUCUGGCAUGGUGUAGACUGAGACCAUUUUAUUUGUAUCUUAAUCUUGGAGCUAUGAAAGCCUACAUGUUUUAACAUCUUAACAUUGCUUUUGUUAAGGGAAUGGAAAUAUAUAUCCAUUGAUAAUAAUUAUUGUUGGCAAGUAAUAGUUAUCUGAAUACAUCAAUCAUAUAAGAAUGUAUAGACAAGCUGACAUGUUGCCCCAAGGCUAACAUACUACUACAGCUCUCUGUCAGUUACAUAGGUAGUAGUUAGAACUGAAUUUCCAUUUUCAUUAUAUGCUAGUUUGUACUUCUGGAGUACUCUCCCUUUUGGUUUUUGUGGGUUUUUUUUUAAGUGGGCUUUUUCUUUCAUGUUUAUAUUUACUUUUUCCCUUUACAGAAAUCAGCAGUGAGCAGUCAAGUAUGUAGGUAGCCUUUGGUUUCAAAAAAAUCGCCAGGAAUGCAUGUGGGUUUCUGAUUUCUUAGCUUGAGAGUUAUUCACUUAAGAUUUCUUCUAGUAAUUUUUUUUUAACUGUCCUUUCUACCAUUUUAAUAGACUGUCCCUUGCUCGCUCCCAGUGACUGUUUGGAUGCUUAUAUAUUUGUUCAGUCUGUUAAUAGAAUUGUUCAUUUUCCUUGGUAUAAAAUUUAUAAAUAUUUGCUUAUAGUUGUCCCAUUCAAACAAUUUCUUAGAUCAGUUUCUGUCCACAUUUUUGUAGUCAUUUUAACAUUUUUGUUUUUCAGUUCUAUAGGAUAGUCUUACAAAUAUUUAAAGGCCUUAAACAUGUAUGUACUUUUUUCCUAAGUUAUUACAGAAUGUAUAAUUUUAUACUACAUUUAUUUUAUUUCAUUUGUUAUGUGAAGGGAGAGAAGAAUUGAAAAUACAUAGCCAUUCUGUAACCCUAUUGUGUAAGUGUAUAGUUGAAGGGAUGUAAUGGGGGAGACUUCUUGGUUUACUCAUCUUAGCCUAAUAGGAAGGUCUUUCAUAAAUUGUCUUAUUAGAAGUUCCAUUAUGUUAGAGAAAAUGUGGCCAUCUUUCAUAUUUUUAGAACUCAUUGACAUGGUCAAUUAAGUCUUUGUUGGUUUCCAUGAUGGAAGCUGACAUACCUUAGAGAGUUUUGGUCUGUUAGUUGGUAACAAAUUUCAAAGACCAGUACAUUACCCAGGAUGUCUUCUGGGCAAAUUACAAGUGUAAAAUUUGUUAAAAGUUAAAUUUGUAAAGUAUACUUUUGACACUGAACCAAAGUAUACUGCCCCACAAGUCCAUGAAAUGAGAUGACUUCCUCCCUCCAUUUUCAUUAUACAUAAAACUAGAUGGCUCUGAGUGGAUUCUGUAAUAGUUCAAGACUGUAUGAAUUCAGAAAGAAAAAAAUAACAGUUGUGCUGGAAUUUUUGCAUCAAUGGUAACAUCAUUCAUUUCUUUGGAACAAAAUAGAAAACUAUACUAUUUUGGAAAUUAUGAAUUUGUCCUAGGUUUGUUUGAAAUUGUAGAUCAUGCUUCUCAUUUUUUUUUUUACCUGAGUCCUUUAAAACAACACUGGAAAUUCUGUAUUGUAUACAAGUGUAACACAUGCAUAUCAAUAGAAAAAAAUAAAUGGAAUUUCAAAUAGACUAACUAGAUUAUCCCCAGUAGAUAAAUGUUGUGACUAUUCAGAAAAGGUAAA